AUGGUCCUCUUCAUUGCAGUAAUGGUCUGUCUUUGCACACUCUGGUGGCGACACAGCCUGCGCGCCAGCUACCACAACAACCGGUUCGAGCGAACUCCGACGGGCCAACGCCAAACCACCCACGAGAAGAUAGAGCUUGCAGAAAGAGGCGGAAAGAGACACUGGCAAAAAGGUAGAAGGACGCCAGCUCAACCUAGCAGCCAAAGACCUCCUGCACCUCCACGGCGGUUACCACCACCUCCAUCUUCACCUCCGCCACCCCGGCCUCCCCCACCUGCUCGUGGCGGUAACUCGAUACGCCAUAUCAGUCAGCCUGCGUCGAGGCAGGAGUGGCCUCCUGUGCCCCCUGCACGUAGCAACAAGCCUCCAACGCCGGAGCAGUGGGCCCCUGCACCUUCAUCCCGUGGCAGCAAGCGUGCUCCCAGUAAGCGUGCAACGCCUGCUGCACCGACUCCGGCUGCUCAAGUGCCAAAUAAGCCUCCGUCGCGGGACGAGUGGGAGGCUGUUCCUCAACCUCAACCUCCUAGUAAGGUGGCUUCGGAUAAUGGAUGGGCUCCACCGCCCGAUCCGCCAUUUGUUGCAUCUGGGGGUGUCAAGCGGGGUUCAGUGAAGAGCUGGCAUGCUGAUGACAAGCCGGCUUCCAAUAGAGGGAGCACCUAUGAUACGCAAGGUUACCAGCAGCAGCAGCAGCAGCACGGAGGAGUGGAUCCUAAUGCGUUGACAGCAGCAUUGCAGCAGACGAAUGCGGAGACAAACGAGGAGCCUGCAGAACCAGAGAGUGGAUGGUAG